AUGUACCGAUCCACUUCGAAUCAACAGACUAGCCGACUCCAACAAGGGAUCGUCCGGCUGCCGGAAUCCCCUCAACAAAACAAGCCGCACAGGCCGCGUCUCGACCGGUCGAUAUUCAUUCCGAUAGCUCUUGUUCCAAAAACAGACCCCGUCUUUGAGGCGGCCGAAGAACCAGGCCAAGAACCCGAGGACGGCGGCCAAAACGUUGAGAAAAAGGUUGAGCGGACGAUUCGAACUCAUGAAACCCCCACUGCCGUUCACAUCGAAACCCUCGAAGACGCGGCGAAAGUCCUUGGAAUCCCUUGA